AUGGCUGACCCCUCUGGGGGUCCUGUCCUCUCUCACUUCUCCACUGUUCUACCGUGUCCAGCUGCCCCCUCGGGCGCCCUGUCAGGCCUGUACCUCCCCUCGUUCUCGACGAACUUGGUAGCUGCGUCGGGUCAGGUGUUUUCUGCUGCGUCCAGGUCUGGUCUUGAGUCUGCCCCCUGCUCGUGUCGCCUCCUGUCUCACGAGACUCUCCUGUGGCACGACCGUCUUGGCCACCCCUCCUUGCCACGUCUCAGGGACAUGGCUUCCUGUGUCCUUGUCUCUGGUCUUCCCCGGUCUCUCCCUCCCCUUCCUUCGGGGCCAGGACCUUCCUGUGUCCCUUGUGUCAAGGGGCGCCUCCGGGCUGCCCCCCACUCCUCCCAGUUUCCUCCGACAGAGGCUCCUUUGCAGACGCUUCACAUGGACGUGUGGGGCCCGGCCCGCGUCCGUGGACAAGGUCACGAGCGCUACUUUCUGCUGGUGGUUGACGACUACUCGCGUUUCACCACAGUCUUCCCCUUGCGCAGCAAGGGUGAUGUCACUGCGGUGCAGAUCGACUGGAUCCGCAAGGCUCAUCUCCAGCUCAGGAGGAGCUUCGGCUCGGACUUUCCUGUUCUGCGUCUGCACUCUGACCGUGGUGGGGACAAAAAUGGGAUUGCUGAGCGCCGCAUUGGCAUGGUCAUGGACGUCGCCCGCACGUCCAUGAUGCAUGCGGCUGCCCCCCAUUUUCUGUGGCCGUUUGCGGUGAGGUACGCGGCGCAUCAGAUCAGCCUUCACCCCGGGGUUUCCCGGCCGGGGAAGGUCCGUACCUCCCCGGCCCUCCUGUGGACUGGGAAGGUCGGCUAUGCGUCUGCGUUCCGUGUCUGGGGAUCUCGAGCGUUUGUCCGCGACUUGUCUGCGGACAAGCUGUCCCCCCGUGCUUCUCCCUGUGUCUUCCUUGGCUUCCCCCCUGACACUCCAGGGUGGCAGUUCUACCACCCCUCCUCUCGUCCUGUUCUGUCCUCCCAGGACGUCACGUUCAACGAGUCCGUCCCCUUCUACCGCCUCUUCCCCUACCGCACUACUUCCCUCCCCCCGCCACCGGACUUCCUUGUGCCAGGUCCCCCCCCGGUAGACCCCCUCCCCCCUCAGGUUCCUGCCCCUUCAGGUGUGUCCCAGGUAGACGCAGUCGAGCCGGUCGAGGUUGCUAGUGACUCUGGUCCUGCUGCGGUUGCUGAGCCUGGGGGUGCUGACUCUGGGGGUGCUGUGCGCGUGGGUGCUGCGUCUGGAGCUGCUGAGCGUGGGGGUGCUAGGUCUGGGGGUGCUGCGUCUGGAGCUGCUGAGCCUGGGGGUGCUGAGUCUGGGGGUGCUAUGCCGGGAGCUGCUGCGCCUUGGGGUGCUGCGUCUGGAGCUGCUGAGCCUGGCUGUGCGGAGCCUGCGGUUGCUGGACCUCCCCUUGUGGCGUCUGGCGGUGCUGGGCCUAGAGCUGGAGCUGCUGAGGGUGUUGGUGCUGAGACUGCUUCUGUCUGUCCUGGCGGUGGUCCUGCCGCUGGUGGUGCUGUUGGCGGUGGUGCUGCUGCUGAGGGUUCUGGUGCUGUCCCUGCUGUGUCUGGAGUCCCCGCGCGGCCUCGAUCGUACUUCGUUCCGCUCGUGCAGCAGGUUCUUGGUCUUCCUCCUUCUGUAGAGUGUUCGCCGUCUGUCCAGUCGCCGUCACUGUUAGAGCCGGCCUCCCCACUGCCUGCUCCCUCUCCUUACACUGGUCCUACUGGAGGUCUCGCUGAGCGUCGUGAGCCUGCAUCUCGUCCCGCGUCGCCUGUUCGUGCUGCUCGCACUAGUGGUCGCAGUUCGCGUCAGCGUCCUCCUCCUGUCCCUGGCACGCACCGGAUGUCUCUGCAUCCGUCCACUGCUCCUCUACGUGCCCCUUUGCCUUCUCCUCCUCAGUCUUCUCUUCCUGCGCUUUCCGACCCGGAGUCAGACUCUCUUCGUGCUGCCAGUCCUAAUGUCACGCGUCUUCUUGCUACUGUCGUCACUGACCCCUCUUUCGAGUCCACUGCUGCGUCUGCUCUUGUCGCUGAGCUCGUCGACUUUGCUGCUCGCUGUCGUCUAGACUACGCUGCUAGUCUUGUUGCUGGGUCUGCGUCUGUCUGUCCUCCGUCCGUCCGGGGUGAGUGUGCUCUUGACACGGACGUCCUUGAGGACAGGCAGGAGGAGUUCCAGUGUCUGGCUGCUGCUUCACCUCAUCUCGCGUCUGUACUACUUGCCCCUGAGGGAGACCCGGAUGCACUAGACAUCCCGACUCCGCGUUCUUACACGGAGGCCCGGCAGGGAGUUGACUACUUUCAGACCUUCUCUCCCACCCCAAAGAUGACUACUCUUUGGGUGCUGCUGCACAUAGCCGCUCAGCGCGACUACGAGCUUCACUCUCUUGACUUCAGCACUGCUUUCUUGCAGGGCAGCCUGCACGAGGAGAUCUGGCUGCCCUGUCCGCCUGGCUUCACUGGGACUUUCCCUCCUGGCACCCAGUGGAGCCUCCGACGGCCAGUCUACGGUCUCCGCCAGGCACCGCGUGAGUGGCACGACACACUGGGGACUACACUUGCGGCUCUUGGGUUUGCUUCCUCUACUGCUGACCCGUCGUUGUUUCUGCGCACCGACACUUCUCUCCCGCCGUUCUACAUCCUCGUGUACGUCGACGACUUGGUCUUUGCCACUGCUGACACUGCUGGACUCGCCUACGUGAAGUCCGAGCUGCUGAAGAGACACACGUGCACAGACCUGGGUGAACUGCGCAGCUACCUUGGCUUGCAAAUCACUCGGGACAGAGCACGCCGCACCAUUACCUUGACUCAGUCACACAUGGUGCAGCAGGCCCUUCAGCGCUUCGGCUUCACGUACUCCUCGCCUCAGGCCACUCCUCUGGCUACUCGCCACUCGCUCUCAGCUCUGCCUUCGGAUGAGUCCGUAGAGUCGAGUGGCUCGUACCCAGAGCUUGUUGGCUGCCUCAUGUACCUAAUGACCUGCACACGACCUGACCUUGCAUACCCUCUUAGCAUUCUUGCACGCUAUGUUGCUCCUGGGAGACACCGACCAGAGCACAUGGCUGUAGUGAAGCGGAUGUUGCGCUACUUGUGCAGUACGUUGGGCAUGGGGCUAGUGCUUGGAGGGCGCAGUCCAGUGGUCCUCACUGGUCACGCGGACGCUUCUUGGGCUGACGACCAGGCUACGCAGCGGUCGUCGCAGUGGUACACCUUCAGUCUUAGUUCUGGCUCUGUUUCUUGGCGGGCUACUCGCUCGUCUUCUGUUCUCGGCUCCAGCUGUGAGGCUGAGAUCUACGCCGGGGCCAUGGCUGCAGAGGAGCUUUGCUGGCUCACCUACCUGCUGACUGACCUUGGAGAGCCGCCUCGUUCUCCUCCAGUGCUGUACGUAGACAACAAGGCCAUGCUGGCCUUGUGUCGAGAGCAGCGCUUGGAGCACAGAACGAAGCACAUUGCUAUACGCUACUUCCUUGCUCGUGAGCUGCAGCAGCGUGGUCAGUUGCGACUUGCGUACGUGGCCUCUGAGGCCAACACUGCUGAUGUUUUCACCAAGGCACUUCCGCCUUGUGAUCAUCAGCGCUUCUGCACUCAGCUGGGACUUGUACCUGUCCUACCUCACUUGCUCACCUCUUGA